AUGGCGGCCGGCGAUGAUGAUGUGGCAUCGGCAGUUCCAGUAGAUAUGGUAGUGAAUGCUGCAAUAGCUAUAACGGCAAAGCAUGGCAAUUCUGGUAACACUGGCUUGAGUGUGUACCAAUUUGGGUCAUCUUUGGUAAAUUUGAUUUCAUACGGUGAUAUGGUUAGGCAUGGUUAUGAUCACUUCAAGUGCAAUCCACUUUCUGACUCAAAAGGGAAUGAUAUUAGCAUCUCCAGAACGAAGUUUUUCAACAACAUCGAUGAUUUCUCAUCCUUCAUCUCAAAUGAAAUGGCAAAGAAAAAUGGUUCGAUGGAACCAAAUGCCACUCAUCUAGAUCCCAUCCUAUAUAACAGGCUCCAAAUGCUUUGCAAGAAACAAGCAAGAGACUUUAUUCAAAUGGCCAAAGUCUAUGAACCCUACACAUUUUUUAAAGCAAGGUAA